AUGGAGAACCCGCACAAGCCGCUUGCAACGGGCCCCAGUGAAGACGAGCGGGCAAGCACAGUUCUCAACAUGGGCAAAAGACGAAUAAUGAAUGCUUUUAGAAGCACCAAGGAGUCUCCGUACUUCAAGAGCAUCACCACCGCAAUUCAACAGAAUUUCAUCUAUGACGAGGAACAGGCCGCCAAUUUGGCCACACGCGUGCCCGACGACGCCCAGAUACUGCUCUACAGAACGUACACGCGCUACAUGAACGGCGAAUACGUCACCGACGUUGCAGGGUGUAUAUUUUGUCCCGGAGUGAUGAAUAGGAAAAAUAAGCUCAUGAUGUCGCUAGUGCACCGUUUGUCCAAGUCCAACGUCUCGUCCUCGACAGUCAACCAGAUAGAAACAGAAUUGGAGGACUCUUUGACACACCCAGACACUAAAGGCCCCGACUCCGACACAGCCUCGACGGUGUCGUCUGGGUCGCAAUCCACAGACUCUUCUCCCGCCCACGACACCAUCCGCGACCGCAUGCAGGGCAUUAUGGCCAGGACGAUCCCUAAGACGCCGCUUAACAUCACGCUGUACUCGGAUGACCAAACAGACUCGCUUCUGGGGGCCAAUCUGUACACUGACGGCGUUGGUGCGUUCAACAUUUCGGUGGCUUCUUCGUACAAACCGUCUUUUAUUUCUGUCUCGUCUGUGGACAACCCAGGCAUCACACAGACGCAGGAAGCCAAUGUCAUUGGGUCAAAGGGAGUGAGUGUCAUUACAGACAUAGACGACACCGUCAGAAUCACAGGCGUGCUUGGAGACAAACGAGAAUUGUUCAGAAACGUGUUUGCCAAGGAUUUCAGUGAUUGCGAGAUCCCGCGCGUUGCUAGCUGGCUGCAACAGCUCAAGUUCAGAUACCACUGUCCAGUCCAUUAUGUGUCGAACUCCCCGUGGCAGAUAUACAACAUAGUGUCUGGGUUCAUGGAUUACGUUGGGUUGCCGGUAGACAGCAUUAGUCUACGUCAGUAUUCAGGCAACCUGAUAGCGUCUUUCACGAUGCCGUCCGCAGAACGGAAAAAAGAGUCGCUCAUCAAACUGUUCAAGGACUUCCCUAAUAGAAAAUUCAUUUUGAUCGGGGACGCUGGAGAACAGGACGUGGAGGCCUAUGCACAACUGGUGAAGCUUUUUCCAAAGCAGGUUCUAGCAGUUUACAUUCGUGCUUUGAACGGUGCGUUCUCGUCAAACGGCGACGACGUCAAGGUGUUGAAGGAACUGCAGAGCAUACUGGCUCUUCGAAACUCCAACACGGAUGUCAAGACGAAGAAGUUCUCGCCGAUUCCGCCUCCGAAACCAAAAGUUUUACAAGGAGAACCAUUAAAAUCCACAGACGCCUCCAAAGACCAUAGAUCCUACAGAGAUACACUACGAUCUCCGAAACUCCAUCGAGAGUUCAUCAAAACUCAAAUCUCCAACACGCUCUCGCAUUCUGCCGAUUACAUACCUCUGGAUACACCACCGCUCCCCAAGCGCAGCUACAUGAGGAGCGACAACAGCCUCGCAAACACCAAGUCGCCGUCGCCAUCGCCGCCCCCCGUUCCGCGUCGCCCGACGGACUCUAUGCGCUACGCACCGCACUCGCCAACCAAGAACUUCUCGCUCUCGCAGCAGGCAGAAAGCGCCUCGGACGAGUACGCUUUCGAUCGGAAGAAGGAACUGUGGAAGGAGCGCGUGUACCAUGUGGUGAGCGAGUAUCCGCCAGAGGUCGACUUCCGGUUCUGGUGGGACGCGGCGGACGUGAUGGAAGCUUCGUUCAGCGCCAUCAAGACAGCCAAGUAG